GAGCCGAGGGCCGAAGGGAAUGCUGCUGCUGCUGCUGCUUGUCGUGGCGGCGGGGCCGGGCUCGGGAUGAGCUGGAAGGCGCGGUGGGGCCCUACCCCAGAGCGGUCGCCCCCGGGCGACGGGGACCAGUCGCCGCCCCCUUCGACCUCACCUCCCCGGGCGAUGUCACCGAAGUCACCCCCGGCCUCCUUUUCUUGCACCACCCCAGUCUCGGCCCCAGGCGGGGGCCUGUUUGCUUGGGUGCGGGAGCGGGGCCUGGGCCAUGGGGGCCGCUGCGUGGAGCCGGCGAGGGACACGUUCCGGGCCAUGACGGGGCUCUACGGUGCUAUCCAGCCCGCCGAUUCGGUGUCCCCCAUCACCCGCACCCACGGCGCUGUUUUCAAUCUGGAGUACUCCCCUGGCGGGUCAGUGCUAACUGUUGCUUGUGAACAGACAGAAGUCUUGCUGUUUGAUCCCAUCUCUUCAAAGCACAUCAAAACCCUUUCCACUGCUCAUGAGGAUUGUGUAAAUAAUAUCAGGUUUCUUGAUAACAGAUUGUUUGCAACUUGCUCUGAUGACACUACCGUAGCACUUUGGGAUUUGAGGAAGCUAGAUUCAAAAGUGUGUACUUUACAUGGUCACACCAGCUGGGUGAAGAACAUUGAAUAUGACACUAACACAAGAUUGCUAGUAACAUCAGGAUUUGAUGGAAAUGUCAUAAUUUGGGAUACCAACAGGUGCACAGAAGAUGGUUGUCCUCACAAGAAGUUCUUUCACACCCGCUUUCUCAUGCGCAUGAGAUUGACUCCAGACUGUUCCAAAAUGUUGAUCUCCACUUCUUCUGGGUACCUUCUGAUCUUGCAUGAUCUCGACUUGACCAAAUCUUUAGAAGUUGUCAGUUAUCCCAUUCUAAGAGCCAGGAGAACCACAUCAAAUUCUGAUCUGGCAUCUGUCACUUCAUCUGGUCCUAGAAGUGCUGGGUCACCAGGGCACCAAGGAGAUUCAAGCCCACUUACUGAGAAACAUACAGUACGAGUGACCCAGCGAGAAGGUGGAUCUCCACGUAAUAGUCUUGAAGUUUUAACCCCAGAGGUUCCUGGUGAGAGGGAUCGGGGAAACUGCAUUACAUCACUGCAGCUCCAUCCCAAAGGAUGGGCUACACUUCUUCGAUGUUCAAGUAACACUGAUGAUCAGGAGUGGACUUGUGUUUAUGAAUUUCAAGAAGGCGCACCAGUGCGGCCAGUUUCCCCUCGCUGUUCCCUCCGAUUGACUCAUUGCAUCGAAGAAGCCAACGUUGGCCAGGGCUAUAUUAAAGAACUCUGUUUCAGCCCAGAUGGUCGAAUGAUCUCCUCCCCACAUGGCUAUGGAAUCCGUUUGUUGGGGUUUGACACCCAGUGCAGCGAACUAAUUGACUGCUUGCCCAAAGAAGCCGCCCCCUUGCAAGAGAUCCGCUCACUCUAUUCACAUGGCGAUGUGGUUCUGACUACCAAGUUCUCUCCAACACACUGUCAGAUUGCCUCUGGGUGCCUUAGUGGUCGUGUUUCGUUAUAUCAGCCAAAGUUCUAGGCUUCUCUUGCCUUUAGAGGAACAUCUUUUUUUUAAUUACUUCAGUUUAGUUGAAGUGUUUGUUUUUUUAAAAAAUCUUGUAAAUUUUGACAAGUACGGAGUUAACAUUGGACUGAAAACUGAUCCAAGUCCAGUCCUUUAUGCGUGCUGUGACUCUGAAUUUGCACAUUAGACUUUUUGUGUACUUUCUUUCUCUCUGCUCCUGAUAAUUCCAUCUGUAUUUGGAUGUAGCUUGGUAGCACUUGUAAGCCUUGUCUUUCUAUGUGACUCUUCAUGCAAGAUGUUGGAUGGACUUGAAAGGAGGGGAACAACCAGCCAAAACCUGUCUGCUGCUUUGUAUCAAAGGAGCUGGAUGUCAGCUCACUUGGCUUCUUUGAUUUCUGGCUUUUGCUGUAUAUUUUCUUCUAAGUAAUAGAGCACUUUCUUGCACACUAGAUUAAUUAUAGCCAGCAUUUACAUUAUUUUUUCGUGAACAACUCAACAGACUGUUAUCAGUACUUUUUAGUAUUUUUCUGCUGUGGUUCAGUUUGUAGGCUGGUACUCUUAAGAACUGUGCAGUGUUAAUUAUCACUCUCUGCUCCCACACACAGACCUCUCUCAUCUAGGACCUUCCUUGACUUGCUGGAGAAAGUUUAUUAGGAACUGAAUAACUUAACAUCUUGCUUUUACAAAUUUCUCUUAAAGGAGCAUCUUCUAUAAUAUUAUUGGACAUAAAUUGGAGAGUGGAGUAUGUGCCCAACUAUGUAUAUUUACAAUCCAGCAGGGAAUUUUCCUGCACAAACCUCAGUGAAAUGAGUAGGAGCUUGUAAGCGAACAAGCUCUGGUGGAGCUUUAAAUGAACCUUUUGCUCAUUUAAAAGAGGCUGGUGCUGGGGAACAUCCUGAAGCUUUGUGUCCUCUCUCUUGUGAUGGGUUUCAUCGCAACAAAGGACUUUGAAAUUGAAUAAAAUCCUUUUUUAAGUGUCAAAUUUUAAAUGAAUGCUGCUCAGUCCUGUAUUUUAUGUUUGCAACAUGAUUAAGGCUAGUUGGCUAUUGAUGUGCCUUGCAAGCCACUCACGUAUGCUAUAGCAUGUAAAAAAAAAAGUAGUGCACACCUUAGCACCAUAUGUUGCAAGAUUAUAGAUAAUAAUUUUAUGUGUGUGUGUGUAUAUAAAAUUAUCACCAGCUGUAUAUGAAGAUCAAAAAAAUUUGCAAAAGUAAUAUAUUUUCUUCUGUGCCAAUAACAACACAUUUUACUAGCAUAUUUGCAUGUGACAACAUGCCAUAAUAACAUGGCAGUGACUCUCCUGAAGAUGAUUCAGAAAGUCAAAAGUCCUGCUGUUGCCCAGCAGUGGCAUAAGCAGAAUUCCUUGUACUAAAGGAUUGCUGAAUUUCCACUGAACCUGAGAUACACAGAAUAAAUAUUAGUCGUGGGUCAGUUUCUGCAGGACAUGCAAAAUAGAGUGACAGAUCACUGGCUCCCUGGAAUUUACAUGCAAAGUGAUCAGUUAAUUGAGAGCCAUUCUGAGACUUGAAGGUCUUGUCAGAUUCCCAUUCCUAUCUGUUUAAAACAUCUGAAGCUCAUCUGCAUGGCAGUUUCUGUCUAGUAAAGAAACCCUGGAAAUGGAUAUGAUUGGAUGCCUGAAUUAUAAUUUUUUUAAAAAGUGAUUUUUCCAGUUGAAGGACAGGUUUCAUGAGCAAGUAGCCACUAUGCAAGUUGUUCUGAAAAGAAUGCCAAAUACAAAAUAAAUUCAUAAAAUCGCUCAGAAAAAUAUGUAAUGUUGGAUAAUAGAUGUCUACAAAUGCUGUUCUGAAAAAAGUGUGCUGACUGAUUCUCAAAGUAGUUUGUGUAGCCGCUUUAUGAAGAAACUUAUGGCUUAUGGGACUGGAAUGUAGCUGUUGGUCCCCACAUGUUCUGUAGAUUAUUUAAUAGGUUGACAUAAAUAUGAACAAGCCCAGCGCUACACUGUCUGGAAUAUAGCUUAAGUUAGACAUAGGAUGGAAUGGCAAACGACACCAACACUUCUUGUUCUUCUGGUGAUUCAGUCCUCAUUUAAUAUUGUUCAUCUUCAGAGUUGAGGUUCUAGCCAUCCAUUUUAAUGGUUAGAAUGAUUUUUUUUAAUCCAAAGCCUGCUCAGCCCUAUAUAGGUGUAUAUAAAUGGUGCUUUUGUGUAUGUGAUAGAAAGGUAAACACAUAUAUUGUAGAUAUGAGAUUGAAUACAAUUUGCAUUUAAAAUUAAACACAAAUCACUCUCUGGUGGAUGAUCUGAAUUAGCUAGAUAUGCCCACAUAAUCAAUUUUUCUUGAUUGCUAAGAUGAAAUCAGAUCUAAAAUCAGUUUGCAGGUCAAGCAAUGUACUCAGUGUGGUUUGAGUCCAAUCUUACUUCAUUGUUCUAAUGUAUUCUUUCCUUAAAAUGUUUAGCAUAUUUGUAUUCACGCUUCAAUUUUAUGUAUUCCCCAAAGGCAUUUUAAAAAGCAGCUGAGCCAGAAAACCAAAAAAUAGAAGAUGGCUGACUGUCAACUACUCUGGCUGCAGAGAGAAGUACUGUAGUCCCUGGUUUAUCAUAGAUAGUUACUUUGUAAAUAGAAAAUCUGUGGCUAGAUCAAUUCUUGGAAUAGGAACUGGAGGAGAGGAGGUUGUCAAGGUUUCAAAUGCAUGGCAAAGCAAAUAAGUAGAGAGCAGCACCACUGAUACUUACUUUGGUCCACCUACACAUCGAGUGCUCUCGCUCUCUGAAGUCUCUCAGUGUAAGCAAUUAAAACGUUCCUCUUCCUACAGCAUAUUGGUCCCUAUAUUCCUCUUCUGCUGCACCAGAUCGAUACCUGCACAAUUUUCUGUACAUAUGUUAUGUAUUCCUGUCUUAUAUAACUGAAAAUCUGGCCACUUGGUUGGGUAUCUUGCACGGUUUCGUAAAAUACAUGCUCCUUUGUUGUGGAGGUUGGGGCUGGGAUGGAUGGAUGGAGAAAUAUCUUUGUAGCAGUGCUUUUGUAUACUGACUCCUUGUCUCUUCUUUUUCCAUUUGAAAUCUUCCAGUACAGUAGCUUCUUUUUAACAUGAAUUCUUAAAACUUUGGAUAUCCAAUCAGUUGUAAUUGUCUAAUACUACACUUUGUGAGAAUUGGCAUAUUAUACAAGCACUGAGAACAUUAUUCUUAAAUCCCAUAAUUAGCACUCAUUGCAUUUAUAGAGUAAAAAGAGUUACUGUACUCGGUUCAGUCUUUGAGUUAUAUCUGUAGGAAAUAAACCUAAAGCUGAAUGAACUUACAGAAUAGGAAGGAGAUUCUUGAUGUGCUAGAUUUUUUUUUUUAAUAGCAAAAAGAUGCAAAGGAGAUUCAUGGUGCUUAAACUGCAUGCAUAGUACAAGCUAGUAGUUAGGAUUCAGAGCUUUGUGUAUAUAUGGGUUCUUAAUUCCGCACUAAGAGAAAAAUAUAUACAUAAAAUGGAAAAUGCCCUUAGUCCAACUGGCAAUUUGAAUUCUGCUUAUCUUUUAUGCAGGAUAAGGUUGAUAAGGUUGCAUAAAAAGUGAUCUGGAGAUUAAAAAUGAGUGCUGUGGGGGUAAAAGUGUAGCUCCCGUGUUUUAGGCUGUUCCUGUGAAUCUCUGAAUCACCCAUGAUGAAAGGCUCUUCGACCAAUCAUAGGAAAGUUUGAGAAAAUGAAUUUCUGCAUGUGCCCAUUCACAAGUAUAGUGCAAGCUUUAAUUGCAUAAAGUUCCAGGUUGCAUCGCUGAAUCCCUAGUUAAAAGAAUCAAGUAACUGAUGAAGAAAAUUACUUCCUUUGAUGUCCUGGAAAAUUACUGUGAUUUGGAGCAGUAGACAGUGUAGACAGACCAGUCUGAACUGAUGCAGUUUUCUAUGUUCUUGACGGUCAGCCUACAUUUACCUUUGGACCUCUUUUCUGAGUACAAGAUCCACAGGAUAAGAAACAGGGUUUCUUCAGAGUUAUGGUUCAAAAGAGCAAUGGUUUUCUGAAAUGGAGUGCCUUCUUGCUAAUGUCAAUCUUAGUACAGUUCCAUGGCUUUAAAAUACACUAAAAUGCUUAUAAAAUUGCUGGUAAAUGUCAUCUCAAAGCUGAGUUGGUUGGUUGUGUUUGUGGAUAUGAACAUGAUCCAAAAAGGGUCAGAUUGUGUGUGUAUUUGGAAUGAAGGAAUCGGCUGCCUAGAUGAUACUAAUUUACAUAAAGUACAAUCAUAGUACUUUACGUAACAGUCUUCACUGUUACUGGCAAGAGUUGUUUGCAAAUGGGGAGCUAUAUAAAUGAAAGGAAGGAAUGAAUGAAUCGGUAUGAAUGAAUCAGUAUGCUAUGGUUUCAAAAAUUAUGCUCCAAGCCUCUAGGUCAAGCUUUAUGUAACUUUCUCUGCAGAUAGUAUUUCAGUAAGCUGGAUUCUUAAAAGUGUUUUUGUUCAGUCAACUUAUUUUGAUAUUGCAAAAGCUUCUUGCAUGGCAAAUUUUAAUCUAUUUAUUCAUCAAACUCCUCAAAUCCUGUCAGUGUAAUUAUAAACUUUCCCACACAACAAAAUUUGGCCCAGUAGUAGGAUUCUGCAACACGUUGUAGUAUGCAUAUGGAACAAUUACUUCCACAAUUGCUUGCUUGCUUGCUUGCUUGUAGUCCAUUGAUAAAAACAAAUUGUUUGCAUGUGGCCUGUCUGAGAUUAAAUCUCUGGCAUCUCCCAUUAAAAGACUUAGUCUGGCAUCUGAUGUGAAUGGCUUCUGCCUAUAUGAGGGAGAUGGCAUGAAUUAGAUGUAAAAAGAACCUGAACUGGAUAGCUAAUGCACUGACUUGAUUCAAGACUUUUUCAAUCAUUCCUGUGGCUUUUGCAAUCUAAGAGCCAAGAUAUUGACCCCAGUCGUUGAAAACAACCACCCCUCCAAGCUCUAAGACCACUUUCAAGCAUAUUUCUGCAACCAUAAGAGCUAGAAAUGUUUAAAAAAAAAUGUUGGGGUUCCCAGGAAGCUGACAUCUGAGCCCAUAAAAGCAUUCUGCACUUUCCCCAAUCCCUAUAGAAUUCUAGCAUGCAGCCAUGAAGAUGAUUUGGUGUUUGGGUUACCCCAAACUAACCCUUCUUAAAGCUUUAAAAACCUUCAGUAGAAAUUCAGAGAGUAAUUGAUUGUGGCUUGUAUUUUUUAGUAGAGCUGAAUUUACUGUAUUGCAAUCAUCACUGUAAAUUAAAUACUGUUUGUUAGUAUGCAUUGCAUUUUUUUAACAUCCUACCUCAUGGCCUGCUUUUCUUUAAAAACAAAGCUAUGCUAAUUUUUAAAUUCAUGUAGUUCCUUUUCAAAAUGCCCAAGGCUAGCAGUGUAAUAAAGAGGUUGAUCGUUAUCUUAGGCAACAGAGAACAGCCCCUUGAAGCAAAGCGAGGCUACUCAAUAUUCUGCAUUUAGUGCUAGGACACUAUGGUGUUCUUCUCCAAUUCUGAGUCCUCCAGAUGUAUUGAAUUACAACUCCCAUAUUCCCCACUCUCCAUGAACAUUGUCAGUUUUUUUAAUCAGCGCUAGAUAUAUUGAUUUAUUGCUUCAAAACCUUAAUUAAGUUAUAUAUUGAAUGUAACUUAAUUGCAGAAAUGCUCAGUGACUUAAAACUGAUCUUUCUGUCUUGUAGUUAUCAUCCUUAAAGAACAUUUAGCGAUGUUGGAUUAGACAGUAUUGCCACAUAGCUUUUUAAAAUGAAGCAAAAUUUAUAGCGGGAAUGUUUCGAGCUUAGUUAUUGUUUUGGCUUAAUAGAAAUUAACAUCUGGCUUUGUAAAAUCCUGAGAACAAUCUCUUCCUUAAUAAGGGAAAACUUACCUUAAUUAUAAACAUGCAGCACUGAAAGUUAACACUGUUCUUAUGCAUGUGUUUUCAAAGAUCCCCAGUAAAUGUUAACUAUAACUAAGAUACUUGUUCAUACCAUUUUUUUCCUCUUUACAUCCUUCAUUUACUUACAUCAACAUCUUUUACAUCUGUGGAAUGUGAAGUGUGCCCAUCUAUGCUUUAAAUGGAUAGCUUUUUUUUUUGUGGAUAGCUCAUAUUUAAAUGGAUAGCUCAUAUUUUUGUCCCAUUGUAUAAGCUGUAGAAAGCAUGAUAUAUCAGCCAAAGCAGAUAAAUUAUAUUUAUUGACUUUGAUACAUUGAUGCAAAAACAUUGUAAGAGUUUAUCAAAAUACUACUGGUGUGUACACUUGUAAUUGUUGCUGUUUGUACACUGAGUGCAGUAAUAUACAUCAAAUUUGAGAAUUUUGUCAAAUCUGAGUACUGUAUUUAUUAGGGGUAAAAAAAGGCUUCUACUUAUAAAACAUCGUAGCUCAGAUUGUGAGAAAGCUGGUCAUGUUUCAGUACUGUUGAAAUCAGACUAAAAUUUGUUGCAUUGAUUUCAAAGGGAUAUAGAGCACAUAUUAAAAGUGCCACAUAUUCCUGGUUCAUAAUUCACAUUGAAAACAAUCAGCUAUGGUUGGUAACCUUACCUGAAAGACAGAUGGCCCAACAAAAUUGAUCUACUGUAAUGUACAAUUAUAAGGAAAUGUCAGAUGUUCCAAGACACAUACUUGGGGAUCAAAAGGUUGAAGCUCAAUAAUGUCUAUAGGAACGGAGUACGCAUUCUUGAACAUGCCCUGGAGUUAAUUUCUUGGCAUGCAAAUUAGUGUGGAAAGUACUCCUUGAGCAUGAAAGCAAAUGCUUUGACAUUGCAUACCAGCUAUACAUUGACUAUCAGAACUGGCAGCUAUUACAUAUUUUGCAUGUUUUCUCUCAAAUAUUUUUAUAUUAUAGGAUGUCUCUGAACACUUGAAUAUUCUACUUUCUUUCAGCUUUUUGUAAUGAAUGUCAGGGAUCAGAUUGGUUUUAGCUCUAAAGAAUGACGAAGGCUGCAAUUCUAAAUAAACAUAUUACGGAAUAAAUGUCAUUGGAUGCUACUGAACCUAUUUCAUAGACAGAAUUUCAUUGUAAGAAUUAGCAGAUUGAGAUUUGAUGAAUUCUGUAAAAAGAAUAAGAUAUUUUGUAGUUAUUUUUGGGGGGGUGGGGUAUGAAUCUCAAAAUAUUAAUCCUAGCAGUAGAUUACACUUCUCUCUACUUAUAUGGAGAAUAGUUGCAUAAAAAUCUACUUGUAGGUAUUGUUUCCAGGUUCAGUCUAAAAAUGGAUUGGGUAGGAAUUCUACAUACAGUUAUUUUUGGAGUUUGUGUUGAAUUCAGGAAGACUUCCAUGUAACCAUGUAUCAGAUGGAGCUGACCGACUGAAUCUAGUAUAGAAGAGACAGCCUCCCUCCCUUUUAAAGAUCAUUGUGGAAAACUGUUGAGUGAAACUUGGAGACCAGUAUAAUGGAGAAUUAUUUCCCAAAUGUCAAAAGAGAAGAGGCUGAAAAAAAUGAAGACAAGUGAAUGGAUAGAGCUGAGAUGUACAUUAAUCUAAAGCCAGUUCCAUAAAUAAUUUGCAUCCUAUUAAUUAAUGGAUUUGUUGUGACAGCUUAUUUGUAUACAUUAUCUUCCCAUCUGGUGCAAAAAAAUUCUUUUUAAAUACAAAAGUACAAAUUUGUGCAUGUAGAGUAUUUUGAAAUUAUUUCAUAAUAAAAGGUGUACAUUUUAAAUACAUCUACAAGAACUGUCUAGAAAACGUAUUUACUCUUACAUGAGUGACAUAAAUGUUUGAACAAUUUCUCUUGCUUGCUUAAUAAACACUUCACAUCCAUACUCUGAAUUAAUUUGUUGCUUGUAUUUCACUAUUUAACGUGCAGUUGCAUUUUACGCAUCCUUUUUUAAAAUCUGAAUACUGUACAGACUAAAUGCAUACAGUAAUGUAGAUGGAUGCAUUUAAGUAUCUUUUAGAUACUCAAAAUUAUCAGUAUUCAAAACCAUAUUUAAAUAAUCCCCUUUAGCAUGCUUCAAGCAUUGUGUUUCAUGCAUUAGCAGAACCAUAUGGUAAAUUUUCCCUGGUCUAUACUAUAUCAAGUGCCAGUGUGGAGGAUUUUGUGUUUAAUUCUCUUCCUCAGAAACUCAAAUUCAUCUAUUAUAUAGUAGCUGGGUUCAUACAUAGCAUACCAUAUUUGUUUUGUUUUAGCUUGAUAUUAUGAAUGAAAACUAUUCAAACAAUUAUUAAGCAACCACAGCUUACUGAAGUGAGUGACCCAGCUAGUAAAUACAACCAGGUCCCACUGACAUCCACUGAAGGAGUGAUUCAACUGCAUACUGACAUCAUUUGUUUCUUCAUUUAAAAAAAAAAAAGUUUGUUUCCGAGAAACCAUCCUGGUAUCCCUGGGCUAGGUGAGAAAUUAAUACAGAAAAAGAGGAAGAUGCUUAGGAAAAAUUAUGUUCCUAAGUACCCAUCCUAUGGAAAAUCCUAUUUUUGUUCUAUGUUGUAUAGAAACCAUUACAAUAAAGUUGGAUUUAAUUGACAUUUGGAUUUAAUAGACAUCUCUUUCCGUACAUUAAAUCAUAUUUCUACUGUUGAGUUCAAUGCAAAUGGUAGAGAAUUGGUUUUGUACCACACAUUUCCUGGUGGUCUCCUAUCUAAGCACUAAUUAGAUCUAAAUGCUUAGCUUUUUUCAAGAACAACAUUAGUGAGAUGCUGCUAGUGCUGUUAUGAAUAAGCCUAAUUGUGCUUAUUUGGGUUUUACUUCAGCUGUUUCCACUUUGAUUCCAAUCCAACUGUGACCUUUGAACAAGGAGAAAAGGAGCAUCGGUUUAAAAUAAACCAAUUUGGUGUUAAGUUGAAAUUCAGGGUUAUGAUUUUUAACCUCUUCCUCCUCCCACCCUGAUUUAAUCCAAGUUAUUUAAACUACUGUAUUUAAACUACUGUUUUUAUGGUAAACUGCCGCUGACAUUGUGGCUCUCCCUGGAAGUAUUCCACAGGGAGUGUCUUACAAUAGGCUCUGAGUGAGACAUAGGCAUCCUUGAACCCUUCUCCAUGCCAGCAUAGGACACCUCCUGCUCUAUUACUAUUACAGUGGUACCUCUACUUAUGAACGCCCCUACUUACAAAAUUUUCAAGAUACGAU